UUUCGAUCCCAUGAAAUGGAAAUUGACCAGUGCUUGCUGGAGUCCCUCCCCCUGGGCCAAAGGCAGCGGCUGGUGAAACGCAUGCGCUGUGAGCAAGUCAAAGCCUACUAUGAAAGGGAGAAGGCUUUUCAGAAGCAGGAGGGACUCCUGAGAAAGCUGAAGCAUGGGAAGAACCAGAAAGUUCACUUCAACCUUGCCGACAUGCUGCAGGAUGCAGUUAUCCACCAUGAUGACAAAGAAGCCCUGCGACUCCUGAAGGAGGGGGCUGACCCCCACACGCCCGUGUCCUCAGGAGGGUCCCUGCUCCAUCUGUGUGCCCGGUAUGAUAAUGUCUUCAUUGCAGAGAUCCUGAUUGACAGAGGGGCCAAUGUCAACCAACAGGAUGAAGAUUUUUGGACACCAAUGCAUGUUGCCUGUGCCUGUGAUAACCCUGAUGUUGUCCUGCUGCUUGUAUUAGCUGGAGCCAAUGUCCUUCUCCAGGACGUCAAUGGAAAUAUCCCCCUGGAUUACGCCACGGAAGGGACGGAAUCAAGCUCUAUCCUGUUGACCUACCUGGAUGAAAAUGGAGUGGAUCUGACCUCACUGCGGCAGAUGAAGCUUCAGAGACCAAUGAGUAUGUUAACAGACGUCAAACACUUCUUGUCGUGUGGAGGAAACGUUAACGAGAAAAAUGAUGAUGGCGUAACACUGUUGCAUAUGGCCUGUGCGAGUGGCUACAAGGAAGUGGCAGCUCUUCUCCUGGAACAUGGUGGGGACCUCCACGCAGCGGAUAAUCAGUCCUGGACCCCGCUCCACUUGGCAGCAAAGUACGGCCAGGCAAACCUGGUGAAACUUCUUCUGAUGCAUCAGGCAAAUCCACACCUUCUGAACUGCAACGAGGAGAAGGCUUCAGAUGUCGCCGCAUCUGCGUUUAUUGAGGAAAUGCUGCUGAAGGCCGAGUCUGCCUGGGAAGGAAGGAUGCAAGAGCCUUUCUGUGUUCACGCGUUGGCCCAAGAGGAGCCCUAUGAAGAGAUCAUCCCUGACCUUCCAGCCCUUCCCAGCAAGCUCAGUCCCCUGGUGUUGCCAAUUGCCAAGCAAGAUAGUUUGUUGGAAAAAGACAUUAUGUUCAAAGAUGCAGCAAGAGGUCUGUGCAAGCGACAGUCUCAGGACAACACCCCCGAAAAUGCCGCCGUGAAUGGCCCCACCAAACCUGAGCAGGUCAAGCUGAUGCCUCCCGCUCCCAGCGACGACCUUGCGACGCUCAGCGAGCUCACAGACAGCAGCCUGCUUUAUGAGAUUCAGAAGCGCUUCGGGAACAAUCAGAUCUACACUUUUAUUGGGGACAUCCUGCUGCUUGUUAAUCCAUUCAAGGAGAUUCCAAUUUAUUCCACCAUGGUCUCCCAGCUGUACCUGAGCAGCGCGGGGCAGCCCUGCCCCUCUCUGCCGCCUCACAUUUUCUCCUGUGCGGAGAGAGCCUUCCACCAGCUUUUCCAGGAGCAGAGACCUCAGUGUUUCAUUCUCAGUGGAGAAAGAGGGUCUGGAAAGUCUGAAGCCAGCAAGCAAAUAAUGAGACACCUCGCCUGUAGGUCUGGCUCCAGCAGGCCUAUGUUCGACUCCAGAUUUAAACACGUCAUGAGCAUCUUAGAAGCUUUUGGACAUGCCAAGACCACGCUUAAUGACCUGUCCAGCUGCUUCAUAAAGUAUUUUGAACUACAGUUCUGUGAGAGGAAAAAACACUUAACUGGAGCCAGAAUUUAUACAUAUAUGCUAGAGAAAUCCAGACUUAUUUCACAGCCUCCUGGCCAGAGCAAUUUCCUCAUCUUCUACUUGCUGAUGGACGGGUUAUCUGCUGAAGAAAAGUAUGGACUGCACCUUAACAAUUUAUGUGCCCAUCGGUAUUUGCACCAGACCCUUCGAGAUGAUGUCUCAACAGUAGAGCGUUCUCUGAACAGGGAGAAAUUCGCUGUCUUGAAACAAGCCCUGAAUGUAAUUGGCUUCAGUAACCUGGAGGUGGAGAACCUGUGUGUGAUUCUAGCCGCCAUAUUACACCUUGGAGACAUUCGGUUCACUGCUCUGACCGAGGCGGACUCCGCGUUUGUGUCUGACCUCCAGCUUCUGGAACAAGUGGCCGGAAUGUUGCAAGUAUCAACGGAUGAACUGGCGUCUGCUUUAACAACUGAUAUCCAGUAUUUUAAGGGAGAGAUGGUCACGCGACGACACAGCGUGGAGAUGGCUGAGUUGUACCGGGACCUCCUGGCCAAGUCCUUGUACAGUCGUCUGUUCAGCUUUUUGGUGAACGCGGUGAAUUGUUGCCUCCGCUGUCAAGAGGAGCCCAGCAGCUCGCAGACAUGGGAUAUUGGAAUAUUGGACAUCUUUGGCUUUGAAGAAUUUCAGAAGAAUGAAUUUGAACAACUCUGUGUCAACAUGACCAAUGAGAAGAUGCACCACUAUAUCAAUGAAGUGCUUUUUCUACACGAGCAAACAGAAUGUGUACAAGAGGGAGUUACCAUGGAAACGGCUUAUUCUCUCGGUAACCAGACCGGAGUUUUGGAUUUUUUUUUCCAGAAGCCUUCUGGAUUUCUCUCUCUAUUGGAUGAAGAAAGUCAGAUGAUUUGGUCAGUGGAGCCAAGUCUUCCCAAAAAGCUGCACAGUCUUCUAGAAUCCUCCAACACAAAUGCGGUCUACUCCCCCAUGAAGGAUGGGAACGGAAACCUCGCCCUCAGAGACCAAGGCACAGCGUUCACGGUCAUGCACUACGCAGGACGGGUAAUGUAUGAAAUUGUUGGAGCAGUUGAGAAAAAUAAAGACUCCCUUUCACAGAAUCUUCUGUUUGUAAUGAAAACUAGUGAAAAUGUCGUGAUCAAUCAUCUGUUCCAGUCGAAACUGUCACAAACAGGAGCCCUCGUAUCUUCCUUUCCUUCUUUUAAAUUCAGAGGACAUAAAUCUGCCUGGCUCAGUAAGAAAAUGACGGCUGCUUCAAUGAUCGGAGAAAACAGAAAUUAUCUAGAACUUAGUAAGUUAUUAAAAAAGAAAGGAAAUUCUACAUUUCUUCAAAGACUAGAACGGGGAGGUCCGGCCACCAUUGCAUCGCAACUCAGGAAAACUCUGACGGAUAUUACUGGAAGACUUCAGAGGUGCACUCCACACUUCAUUCAUUGCAUCAAGCCCAACAACUCAAAGCUGCCGGAUACUUUUGAUAACUUUUAUGUGUCUGCUCAGCUGCAAUACAUCGGGGUCCUGGAGAUGGUGAAGAUCAUCCGACACGGGUACCCUGUCCGGCUUUCCUUCUCGGAUUUCCUGUCAAGGUAUAAGCCCUUGACCGAGACCCUCCCGGGCGAGAGGACCCUGCCGGCCGAGGAGAGAUGCCGCCUGGCUCUGCAGCAGUGCACGUUACCGGGCUGGCAGAUCGGAGUUCAAAAAGUGUUUCUGAAAUACUGGCACGCCAACCAGCUAAAUGAUUUGUGCUUGCAGCUGCAGAGGAAAAUCAUCACCUGCCAAAAAGUUAUCAGAGGAUUUUUAGCACGCCAGCACUUGCAUCAGAAAAGGAGCAUCAGGCAGCAGGAGGUCACGUCCAUCAACAGCUUCCUGCAGAUUACAGAGGACCUGGGGCUUAAGACCUAUGAUGCCCUGGUCGUUCAGAACGCCUCGGACAUUGCCCGCGAGAAUGACCGGCUCCGGAACGAAGUGAACGCUACCUUCCACAGAGAGAAGUUGGAGGCCAGGAACAAGCAAGAGGAAGGAACCAAAAGAGCUGAAGACAGGUGUGGACCCCGGCACCUCCACUGCAGCUCCGUCCCAGUCCCCAUGGCGGUGGACGGCCUGGUCCAGGCCCUGGCUGGCCCGUCCGCCCGGUCUCCUUCUCUGCACUCGGUGUUCAGCCUGGAUGACAGCAGUGGCCUCCCGUCACCAAGGAAACAGCCUCCGCCCAAGCCAAAGAGGGACCCCGCCACGCGGCUGAGCGCCUCCUAUGAGGCUGUGAGCGCCUGCCUGUGGGCUGCUGCCAAGGACUCCUCGCAUGAAGUUCUCACCCGGCCCCGGCCGCACAGCGACGACUACAGCACCAUGAAGAAGAUCCCCCCUCGGAAGCCCAAGCGAAGCCCCCACACCAAGCUCAGCGGCUCGUCGGAGGAGAUCUCGGGCGCCCGGGCGGCGGCGGCGGCGGCGGGGGCCGGGGGCGCGCGGCGCAGGGCAGGCGGCCCGCAGCGCGCCCCGGGGGUCCCCGCGCCGCCCGCGCCCCCGGAGCCCGAGCCCGAGCCCGUGUACAUCGAGAUGCUGGGCCGCGCCGGCAGCCCCGAGCAGGCGGAGGCCGUGUACGAGGAGAUGAAGUCCUGGGCGCCCCCCGAGGACGGCGGCGGCCGGGGGCUGGGCGUCUCGGCGUCCGUGUCGCCCCCUCGGCCGCGCGGGGGUGGCGGCCAGCUCCCCGCGGAGGCCGGCGAGGCCGGCGGGCCCUGCGGGGACGCGUGCGACAUCCCCGCGCCCUUCCCCAACCUGCUGGCGCACCGGCCCCCGCUGCUCGUGUUCCCGCCCACCCCGCUCACCUGCUCCCCCGCGUCCGACGAGUCGCCCUUGACGCCCCUGGAGGUGAAGAAGCUGCCGGUGCUGGAGACCACCCUCAAGUACCCCGUGCAGCCCGAGGGCGCCAGCCCCCUGUCCCCGCCGCACCCCAAAGCCCCAAAGGGGGACGGCGAGCGGCCCGCGUCCCCCGGCGCCCCCGCCAGCGCCCGGCCGCUUGGCGCCUCCCCGCCGCCCACGCCCGCGGCCGCGCCCCCCGCCGCCCCCCGGCCGCCCGCGCACUUCACCUUCGCGCCCGAGCCCCCCGCGGACCCGCCCCGGGGCCCCCAGAAGCCCGCCUCGGCCCCCGCGGGCGCGCCCUGCGGCCCCUUCCCCAAGACCCCGUUCUCCCCCGCGAAGGCGGCCCGAGCCGAGCCCGGGAAGGCCGCCGCCGGCGCCCCCUCCCCGGCCCUCUACAGCCCCCCGCUCGCCAGGCCUCUGGGCAGCCCCCUGGACGAGCUGGCCAGCCUCUUCAGCUCGGGAAGGAGCGUGCUCCGGAGGUCGGCGGCCGGCCGGAGGAUCCGCGAACCCGAAGGUUUUGAAACUAACAUGAACCUUACUAGCCAAGAGGAUCUUGGUACAUCAGAAAUUGCAUCGGAGACCCAAGACAGAAAUGCAAAUAACCGUGGGAUUCAAUUAUCUAAUUCACUCUCCAGCACCAUCACUGCUGAAAAUGGAAAUUCCGUCUCAAAUGGUUUACCUGUGGAAGAAGGGUUCUCCAGGUUGUCUGGGAGUGGAACCUCCUCCUUUCAGAGACAUCGAGAGAGUCACACCACUCAGGUAAUCCAUCAGCUGAGGCUGUCAGAGAACGAGAGUGUGGCCCUGCGGGAGCUCUUGGACUGGAGGCGGAAACUCUGCGAGGAGAGAGGAGACUGGCCACGGAUUCUACACCAGGCGGAGCCCAGGGCACCUCCCCCACCUCCGUGCAAGAAGCCCACGCUCCUGAAGAAGCCUGAGGGGGCCUCCUGCAGCAGGCUGCCCCCUGAGUUCUGGGACACCACCCUGUGAUGGGCCCUGACUGCAGACUCACAGGGUGAAACUGCCCGGGGAUGCCAGGUUCACGGACAGAGGCUGCCCCCAACACAUGUUGGUGGCUCUCUCUACAUCUAUAUACAUGAGAAGCA